AUGGUUAUCCAACAUAAAAUAUAUUCUGAUCAAGUUCCGGAGUUAGUGGAAAGAGCUUUAAAAUUAUACGAAGAUAAAACUGAAAGUAAGAAAGAUCGGAGAAUAAUUAUCUCAUUGGCCGGUAUUCCUGGCUCAGGCAAAUCAACAUUAUCAGCAGAGCUUGUGAAACAGCUAAACACAAGGGUUAAAGCAAUUGUAGUUCAACAGGAUGGGUUUCACUUAUACAGAUCAGAAUUGAAGAAGUUACCGAAUUCAGAAGAGGCAUUCCUUAGAAGAGGAGCACCUUUCACAUUUAAUGCUAAAAAGUUCUUGGACUUAGUUUCACAUUUAAAUGAUGAAAAGUAUGUCAAUAGUACCAUUCAAGUGCCAACGUUUGAUCAUAAAUUAAAAGAUCCUAUUGAAAAUGAUAAACUGAUAGAUCCAGAUACGAAUAUAAUUAUUAUAGAAGGAAACUACGUUUUAUUGAAAGAUCUAUAUUGGAAUGACAUUACUAAAUUUGUUGACGAAACAUGGUUUGUUGAUGUCCCAUUGAACUUGGUAAAAGAAAGGAUUAUAAAAAGACACUUGGAAGCAGGAAUUGCUGAAAAUGAACAAGAAGCAAUUGCGAGAGCUGAUGGUAAUGACUUACUCAACGCGGAGUAUAUUUUAAAGAAUUCUAAAUCGGCAGAUUUAACUAUUAUGACGAGGUAG